AUGAAGCUCCCACGCCCCCGGCCAUCAUCGUCAUCGACCACCCCUCUCUUCUUAUCCCUCUUGUUGCUACUAGCAGCAGGCCAAGGCAGCACCGCCGCCACCGUCGGCAACACAAACACAACCAACGCAAACGCAAACGCAAAUGCAAACGCAAACACAAACGCCAUCGACGCCUGCGUAGCAGCAGAGCCGGCGCCGGGCGACGCGUGCCCGCUGGUACACGUGAUCGCGGCGCGCGAGACGACGACGCCGCCGGGGUUCGGGUCGGCGCGCACGCUGGUCGACCUGCUGGCGCGCACGUUUCCCGGAGCCACGGCCGAGGCCAUCACGUACCCGGCGGCGGGCGGGGCCGACUACGGCGCCAGCGUGGCCGAGGGCGUUGGUGCGGUGGUCGCGCAGACGGCGCGGUUCGCGGCGCGGUGUCCCGAGUCUAUUAUUGUCAUGCACGGGUACUCGCAGGGCGCGCAGAUCAUGGACGACGCCUUCUGCGGCGGGCCCGACCUGCCGCAGCUCAACUCGUCGGGCGUGUCGCUGGUGUCGCCGGCCGUGGCCAACAACGUGGCGGCCAUCAUCCUCAUGGGCAACCCGCGGCACGUGGCCGGGCUGCCGUUCAACGUCGGCAACGCGACGGCGGGCGGGUUCGCUGCUCGGCCCGCGGGGUUCAAGUGCCCCGAGUUCGAGAAGCGGCUCCAGGCGUACUGCGACUCGCCCGACCCCUUUUGCAGCAACGGCACCGACCCGGCGACGCACCAGGGCUACGGGCGCGAGUACGGCAGGGACGCGCUUAUCUUCGUCGUCAGCAAGAUGUUGACGUCCAACUGA